CGCCGGCGAAAAGACGACCUAGGGGAGGGGUGGUGGCAGCGGGGACUCCGGAAGCCCACCUUUCACCCGGAAAUGGUUGUCGAGAAACAUGGCGUUGCUGGUGCGAGUCCUUAGGAACCGGAUUAGCAUCUCCCAGUGGGUUCCAGUAUGCAGCCGAUUGCUACUUGUGUCUCAUACACAGGGACAGUGGGGCAGGGCUCUGUCUGGUACUUCCCAGUGGCCCCAGAUGAGCCAGGCCCUAGCAUGUGGUGGAUCAGUAGUAGACAUUCAGCUAAGUAGGAAGUAUCAUACCACAAAUAAGCUUUCUUCUACCAAGGAUUCCCCACAGCCUGUUGAGGAGAAGGUUGGUGCCUUCACAAAGAUAAUAGAAGCCAUGGGAUUCACAGGACCUUUGAAAUACAGUAAAUGGAAGAUUAAGAUUGCGGCCCUGCGCAUGUAUACUAGCUGUGUGGAGAAAACUGACUUCGAGGAAUUCUUUCGAAGGUGUCAGAUGCCUGAUACAUUCAAUUCAUGGUUUCUUAUAACUCUACUUCAUGUCUGGAUGUGUCUAGUCCGAAUGAAGCAGGAAGGCCGGAGUGGGAAAUACAUGUGUCGUAUCAUAGUUCAUUUUAUGUGGGAGGAUGUUGAGCAGCGUGGCAGAAUCAUGGGGUUUCCAGGUACUCUGCUAGGCACUGGAGAUACAAAGAUGACAAAGAUAUUGUCCCUGACUCCCCAGUCUAGUAGGAGAAGACAAACAUAUAAACAGGUUAAUUCCUAUAUCCUGAAGAAGAACAUGAUGCUUAUGACAAAUAAUUUCUAUGUGGCAAUCUUGGGAUAUGAUGAGGGGGUCCUUUCAGAUGAUCGUGGGCUGGCUGCUGCCCUCUGGAGAACCUUCUUUAACCAGAAAUGUGAAGACCCUCGACAACUUGAAUUGUUGGUGGAGUAUGUGAGGAAACAGAUACAGUACCUGGACUCCAUGAACGGUGAGGAUCUGCUUCUGACAGGGGAGGUGAGCUGGCGCCCUCUAGUGGAGAAGAAUCCUCAGAGCAUCCUGAAGCCCCAUUCCCCAACUUACAACGACGAGGGUCUUUGAUGGGCUGGUCCCUCCAAACAGCUGGCCAACUAGCUCUGAGGAACUGCCAGAAGAGAGGUGGCUGUUUGGCCCAGGAAGUGGCCUGAACUGACCUUUGAAAAGCAUCUGUCAAAUACCUGGCCCCAUUUGUGUUGAUUUUCCUCUUAGUACACCCAGGAGUCUGAUUGGGUGGGGUACGGUGCUGGGAGAACCCUUAGCCCUUCUAAGGUGUCCUCUCCCUCAAGAGAAGCCCUGAGAAAGAGCUCCCCUGCCCACACUCCCCAGGUCCCCUCUAGGAAACAUGCGAUUGACAGCUUUUCCCAAAGGCCACAGAAGGGAAUGGGGGUAGGUUAGAAAGGGGACACCCCCUCCCCCGCCAAGGGCCCACUGUGGCCUAGGAGCAGUUUGUAAUGCUUCUGAGUCGAGACGGGUAACCACGCUCUGUCCUCCGGCGUUGAGCUGUGGGGUUGAGUUGGCCAUUAAAAGAAACAGAGACUUCUCUCUGCCAUGGCUCUUUAUUCCUGGGUCUUUUAGAAACUUACCUGGGAUGGUGGAUGCCACGAGCUGAGGAGCACUGCCCAGCUCAGUUAGAGACAGGGAGGCGGAGAGGCUCAGGGGGGUCUCUGCUGCUGCUUCUGCUUCCAGCUCAUGGAGAUGUCACUGUUCUGGCCAAGGUACAGCCUUCCAGGCCACGACCUUGGGGACCCAGGAGGCCUCUAUGGCCAGGGGGCUUGUCACAUCCUGAGUCAUUUGGAAAGAGGCCUCAAGAGGAAGGUCCCUUUGUCACACACACUCCCAUUGAACUGGGUGAGGAACAUGCUGCCUUUUCCUCUCUUGGCUCCCCCUUAUACGAGGUACUGGGGAGAAGGGGAGAAGAGGAGAACACACUCUUCCUGGCUUCGUUGCUCCGCCCCAGGACCCAGCCCCGUGCCCAGCCUUCCACCCCCUUCCCAACUCGAGGAGCAUGUGCUGCAGAGCCACCUUGGUCUGGGCACUUGAGGACCAGUCCCCUCCUCCCUCUGAGUGUGGGUCAUCUCUGGGGGAAUUUUCUUUAAAUUGAAGAAAGGGGGCGGAGAACCAUAUUGCCCCUCCCCCCAUCAAACUUCCUUCAUUUAACUUGCUAUAAAAUGAGUCAUAUAAAGAAACUCUAUAAGGGUGAGGUAUAUCUCACUUCUGUGAAAACAUUACAAAUCAAACCACCUUCUCUGAGUUUAUUUAAGAUGCUUUUGUUGCACAAGGAGCUCUAGAGUGAAGCCUCCUGUGUGUGUGAGAUAAUAACACCUUGUAACUCAUUACAGCUGGGCACUAUUUACAUAAACCAGAGCUGGGCCAGGCAGGAAUUUGCUGAUUAAUUUAUUUUUAAUGGAGUGAAGUAUACCAUGCACCAAAAUAAACUUUACAGUGUGUACCUAACUGCUCCUGGAAUGGAUGGAAAAAUUAAUGGAACAGAUUUGGCUCUCAACUCUACACAUUAAUUUAUAUAUAAAAGUUAUUUGAGCCUUAACCCAUUUGCUGCCCAGGGCAGCUCCCCAGCCACAGAUCCCAGCCUGCAGCACCAGUUCAGCUACCGGGCUUGCUUUAGAAUCAUGGCAUCUCAGAUUGGAAGGACCGUUAGCGGUCAUUUAGUCCAGCCCUGGUCCAGAACUUGACGCCGUUUCUCAACAUCCCAGUUGCCUAUGUUCAUACGGGCCCUAUAUGAAUACCUCCAGCAGCAGACAGCCCCCACCUGCAGAGCCAAGUCCUGUCUCCAUAAGAAGAGUAAUCACCAAACACUGCAACUUAUGACACGCAGCCAUGUUUCAAAGAGCCAGUCGAUCUGUCAUGUCUGUGAUGUCCCGAAGCCCUCACUUCCUGCCCGUAGGCAUCUUUCACUGACUACACCCGCCCCCCCAAAAUAAAAUCCAGACUCCUUGGAAGCUGCAAGGCUUUUCUUAGUUUGA